AUGUUUACUGCAAAAAAACUACUUUGGGUGCCAAAAGAACAUGGACAGUCUUGGGAUGGCGCUUAUUUUCGUGACACUAUCCUUCGACAACAGGUGAUCCCAUUUCUUCGUGAUUCGUCCAAUGUUCUCGAUACGAACGAAGUGAUAUUUCUUCACGACAAGGCACCUUGUAUGAAAGCGAAUGCAACACAACAUCUUUUAGAAGAUGAGAAUGUGAAUUUCUGGGGAAAUUCAAUUUGGCCAGGCAAUAGUCCUGACAUGAAUCCUGCAGAAAAUAUUGGUGCAAUUAUUAAAGAUAAAGUUGAGGAACUAAUGGCAAAUGAAGAUCGUCGUAGCAGAUACAAUUACGAUGCACUGAAAACGAAUUUGGAGAAUACGCUCAAAGAUCUUGAAAAUGAUACAGUUCUUUUUAUUGACUUGUUAUGCUCGAUGCGAAAAAGAUUUGAUGCUCUCAAGGCUGCUGAUGGGGGUCAUACGAAGUUCUGAAACUUUCGAAAAAGCAUUUUUUAGUAUUCAAUAUUAUCAAUAAACUGAAUAAUUAAUGAUUCACAACUUAAGUUACUGUUGAGCACAACGGCUUUUGACGUACUCGAGAUUGUGAUAUAUAAGUGAAAAUGAUGUAUUGAGCCUGGAAUCGUUAUAAUAUUACAAACUAUAUUUGUUCUGACUAUACCACUAGACGUAACUUUUUGCGGGCUUUCAUUUGGUACAAAAUUGUUGGGGGUACUAUUUGGUCUUUAGGUCUGGAAGGGGGGGGGGGCGUAAUGGUUUUUUUACACCCUGUAAAUUAGGGGUGGCAUUUCUCAUUUUUUAAAUGGGUUUACAAAAGUCAAAAUGGGGUACAUUUGGGGUACAUUCCAAUUUAAAAAGGGGUACAUCAAUGGGAUACAUGAUUCUACUCCUGAAGUAAAGUAUUUAAUUGAGAAACCUGCUGAAACGACACAGCUUUUGUACAGAACAGAAUCAUAUUUCACUGUUGUUUUUCAAUUAGAUAGGCUUAACUGUUUACACUGUUUCAAUUAGCUCUGUGUUAAUUGAUUGUUGAGUUUGAAAUUGGAAAAUAACAUUAGGAACCAUCUAUAAAAGACGUAAAGCGGACUGAGGCCAUCAGUGAAAUGCGAAAUACGAAGAAUCAUCGUGAAUUUUUCAAUUUUUCUGCAUCGAUUUCCAUGGCGCUUUCAUGCUU